AUGGCUGCGGGUCAGCAGGUUGAGGAUGCCAUUGUUCGUGGUGAGCCACUCCCUAGUUCCAGUCGAUACAUGCCCGAGGAUAGUAGUAGUAAGAGGCCUUCACACCACAAGAGUCCAGGGUACAAUGCCGCAAAGAAUGUCACCGCCGCUAUAGCACCAGUAAUGGCUGCCACAGGAGCCCCUUUUGUAUUAGAAUCCUCGGAAGUUCCACGUCCACGCCCUCCACCAAGAAAUUUCACUGAUUUGGGAAUGCCUCGUGAUAAAUGCCCCAGGUUGCAGCAUGAGAUACAAGAUUUGCUUGAUGCAAAGAAGUUUGAACUCAGAUCCAAACCCAAUGUGUCCACGAAUCCUCUCCCGAAACACCACACAGUCAAUGCUAUUGAAGAGGAUACGAAGGAAUUUGAUCCAACUUCUCUUAUUAUUGUCAAAUCAGCUAAUUAUGAUGAAGACGUGGUGCUUCUAAUGGUGUCUACUAUCCAGGGUCUGGGGGAAUUGAGUGGUUCAACUACACGGGAGAAUGAGGUUGAUGGAUUAUCUGAUCAGUUCAAGUAUGACAUUUAUAUCCCUGGUUUUGAUUCUGAGGUGAGAGAAGUAAAGAUAGAACCAGAUACGGAGUUUGAGAUCUAUAUUCCUAAUCAGGGUUCAGUAAUGAUGCAUGAUGCUUGUGAAUCAGAUGAAGUAGAAAUUUAUAUACCUGGUGAGGUGAUAGCUGAGACGCGGAGUGGCAAAGGUUACAAGCCAACAGGGCUUAUGACAGAUAUUUCAAAGGCUACAAACGAUAGUUCAGUGCAACAAGAUGAACAGAGAAGGCAAGUGCCAGGUAGUAAGCAACCAGAACCAAAGAAUCAAGUGUUAAAACAAUUGCAGAAGACACAAGCCAACAUUUCUAUUUGGGGUCUACUCAUGGCACCUCCAAUUCACGGAGAAGCAGUUCUGAAGGCUUUGGCCAGUACCCAAGUUCCCAUUGAGACUGGUCCCACCCAUCUAGCUAAUUUGGUCGGGGCCACUUAUGUAGUAAAUUCCAUGACCUUUUCUGAUAUGGAUCUUCCCCUGGAAGGAUCUAAUCACACUAAAGCUUUGCAUAUCACAAUCGACUGCCAAGGGUGUCGGAUUCCUCAAGUUUUGGUGGAUGAAGGAUCUGCAUUGAAUGUCUUCCCGUUAAGGACCUUUAAGCACCUAGGGUUCGACGAGGCUGGGUUGAAGCCAUCAAGUCAAGGUGUGCGGGCAUAUGAUAACAUGAGGAGAAAUGUCUUGGGGGUAUUUUUAACAGUCAUAGUGGUGGGUCCAGUUGAAUUCGAAGUAGAUUUUCAAGUAAUUGAUAUUCCUGCCACUUUCAACAUGAUUCUUGGGCGACCGUGGUUGCACAAGACAGGGGCAAUAUCUUCUUCUCUUCAUCAAAAGAUUAAGUUUUUGCACCAAGGGAAGAUGAUUACUAUCAUGGCUGAUCGAGAACUUUUCAAUACAUUGGCAUCUAUUGAGACCAGAGAAAGCAGCAGUUGUACCCUAAGAACUCCAGAGAUUCGCCUAAGCGGGUUUGAGUUGAACAAUGUUGGCGCGAUAUUUGGGCCAUUUCCACCUGAGGAGAAAUUUGCUUUAGUUGAGUUCAAGAUUGACAAUCCUUUUAUAAGUUGCAUGCUCAUUCAGAUGGGUUACUUUCUAGGCUCGGGCUUGGGCAAAUAUCAACAGGGUGAUGCCUCAGUGUUAGUCUUGACCACCAAUGCGCAACACUUUGGUUUGGGUUAUGAGCCAACAAAAGAGGAUUUAUGGGCAACAACAGAGAAAGCAUUGAAGUAUCAGAGAUCUUUUGAGGGUUUUGAAAAGUAUAAGUACAAAGAGUGGUGGAAAAAGCCAAGGAAACAUCUGGAUUUCGGAAGCAUGUUUGGGAGUUUCAACAAUGAGGAAGUAAUGAAGAAACUUGAGUUGUUUACCAGGCAAAUUCAGGUUAACACUGUAAAUACCAGUCAGAUGAAGAAGUUUGCUUCAGUUUAA